UGAAAAAAGUGAAUAAUCAAUGGAGAUUUAAAAAAAUGUCAUAAACUCAGUGACGUAACUCUGCGUUGGCACUUUAAAGGACAUUCUGUCUUUUUUAAAUACAUUUCUUUACAGUGUAGCGCAGUGGAGAUGAAGCAACGUAGAUGGCACACUUUAAAAGGUGCUCUACAAAGCGCAGCUCGUGCGCAGAACUCCGCUGUCGGUCCCUGGCACUGAUGUGGACGCUCACACUGAAUCCUGUAGACCUGCCUCAGGAACGCACAGUCGAGCCACAAGAUGCGCACUAGGCGCUACAGCUUGGGAGGAGCUUCGGGAUUUUCCCCCCUUGUUAUACGCCACUCUCGAGAGAAGACUCGUUUGCAAAAGGAGAUAUAGGGGGAAAGGUGGAGGCACAGCCGUUAUCUGGCAUCUUCCGAUAAAAUGAGCCCACCAGACACCUCCAACAGCACAAGCGAAGAGGAGGCUGGUGAAACUGAUCCCUGGAUUCUACUUAACGACAGCAUGGGUUUAUACCCACCGGGUUUCCACACUGACAUCACCAAGCACCUUGGAGUCCAAAUCACACUGAUCACAGCUUAUUCCCUAAUCAUUCUACUGGGGCUGCUGGGGAAUGCUCUUGUCAUCUACAUGAUUAUUCGCUACAGAAACAUGAGAACAGUGACCAACUUCUUCAUAGCCAACCUGGCCCUGGCAGACCUCCUGGUAAACGCUCUCUGUUUGCCCUUCACUCUGGUUUACACUCUGCUGGAUGAGUGGAAGUUUGGGUCUGUGUUGUGCCACAUGGUGCCUUUCGCCCAGGCCCUGAGUGUGCAUGUAUCCAUCCUGACCCUGACUGUCAUCGCUCUGGAGCGUUACCGCUGCAUCGUCUUCCACCUUGGUCGGCGCCUCACAUGGCACUCCAGCUUCCUCAUCAUGGCAUUCACCUGGACUAUGUCUGCUGUCCUGGCAGCACCCCUGGCCAUCUUCAGAGAGUACCGCCAUGAAGAGAUCCCUUCCAUCAACCUGCGUAUGGCUGUCUGCUCUGAGAAGUGGCCCCACGGGACUAGCAGGGACGGAGUCAUCUACAGCCUCUCAAUGCUGCUCCUACAGUACAUAAUUCCUUUAGCCAUCAUCAGCUAUGCUUACAUCUGCAUCUGGGUCAAACUGAAGAAUCAUAUCAGCCCGUCCAGCCGUAAUGAUAGCAUCAACCGCCGCAAAAAGACCACCAAGAUGUUGGCGCUGGUGGUGGUGGUGUUUGCUACCUGCUGGCUGCCGUUCCAUGUGUUUCAACUGGCCAGUGAUCUGGACCUGGUGCUCAGGUUUAAGGAGUACAAACUGAUAUAUACAGUGUUUCACAUCAUAGCUAUGUGUUCAACUUUUACCAACCCUCUCCUGUAUGGGUGGAUGAAUAAAAACUACAGGAAUGGCUUCCUCAUGGUCUUCCGUUGUGAGGAUAAGCCAGAUUCCUUCCACCCUGAGGGCUCGUUCAGGACACGCUCCAUAAGAGGGCUGACUCUGAAUGGCCGUAAUGGCGGACACCCUCCGACUGCUGUAUGAGAGUAACACAGUAUAAAAAGCCUGAACACACCUCUGGUUUGUGGUGCUUGUGGUUCAAAAGUAGCCUUUUGACUUGAAUGCUCUGAGCUUGAGUAUCUAUGUCACUGAAGAGAGCUUUGCAUGCGUAUUGCUUUAUGUAAAGCUCUGCUUUCCUUUGUGAAUGAUACUAGUGAAAAUACGUUUGUCAAACCUAUUCAAAUAUGUGUUUAAAUUGUUUACUAGGGUGUUAAUGAACUCGUUACAAUGUAUUAUGUGUUUCCUGUAAAUGCAGAACUUUUGUUGGUAAGUAAUGUCCAAUUAAUUGUGCCCUACAUCGCCUAUCUGAAGCUAUUUAUGUGUUCAUACUAACUGGAGGGAAGAUGGUGAUUAUUGUGACUGUGAAGGAAGAUGAAUUUUUCACACUUGUUUUGAGAUUUGCUCGCUGUUGGGAUGAUUUUCACUUAAUUAGUCCAAAUGCUGUGUUUUGGAUUAAUUCCAAUAUUCUCACAGAAUAACAUUCGAUUUUCGUCCAAGGAGUCCAGAGGAGGAGAUUUUCUGUCCAACCAGGAAGUUAAGAGUGUUCACCUGGCAACCAGCUGUUCCUGAUUAGAUGGACCUUUAAAAGCAGUGGCAUCUUUUACAAAAUGUAUCGAACGCUGACACCAUAUGUAAACAACUCUAAAUCUUUGGGAGUAGUAGGCCGUGCCAGGACAGGAAAGAUAAAUUUCACUCCCUGAACCUGACUGCUGGAAAAUCCAUCUAUAGAUCGGAGGACAGUCUACAUAGAGGCACAAGAGCACUACAUAUUUUGUUUUUAAAAGAAUAGUAAUGAAACCCCCUGAACUGUGUGAAGUAAGAGCAAGAAGUUCUGAAUAUCUUUAUCACAGAAUGUGGGCAGCUCCUUUGAGGAUAUGUAGAAAACCCCCAAAAGGAAUUUGGAAGAAGUCAAAACAUACAAUUCUACACUCAACUCCUAAAGUGUCCUUUGUUAGUGGUCUUUUAUGAACACAGGAAAAUUAAUCAACCAUAAGGCCUCUGGGAACACAUUUUGAGUCCCCAAUGUAUACAACUGCCAGAGGUGAUUUGACCAACAGGAGAAAUGAUAUGUUGUGCAUCCUAAACGUCAAAUAAACAGACCUUUGCUUGGAUAAGGCCUGCAUAAAUGGACUGAAGUAAGGUAAAAUGUCUGUCAGAUUUUGUUUGGGUGCACAGUAAAACUGAAAGUAAUGGCAUUUUACAAAAUGUAUUGAACACUGACUCCAUAUGUAGACUUCUCAAAACCUUUGGGGAUAGUAGUCUGUGCCAUGAUGCAUGUACCCUCCAUACUUUGAGUAUUAGAGGAAAGCUAAACUUUAACUCUCUGCCUGACAGCUGUAAAAACCCAUCUAUAGAUGGGAAGACAGUCUACAUAGAGGGAAAAGAGAAGCAAAGAAUUUUUAUGUUUCUAUAAAAUUGAGGUUAAUCAAAGUUCUACACAUAAAUUAAGACUCCGUUUUGAAAAACAAAAAAUAGCCAGUGGGUCCAAAUAACAUCCAAUAAAGCAUUUAAUGAA